CUCGGAUUCCGGGGGCGCGGUGUCGCCGCGACACCCGUCCUUCCCGGCGCCUUCCGCUGCCCGUUGCUCUUUCCGCCGGCAUGGCUGCGGGGCUGGCCAGGUUGCUGCUGCUGGGGCCUCGCGGCCUGCUGGCCCCCGCGGCCCCCAAGCUGUCCCCGCCGGUGCGCGGGGUGAAGAAGGGCUUCCGCGCCGCCUUCCGCUUCCAGAAGGAGCUGGAGCGCUGGCGCCUGCAGCGCUGCCCGCCGCCGCCCGUGCGCCGUUCCGAGAAGCCCAACUGGGAUUACCACGCCGAGAUCCAGGCCUUCGGACCUCGGCUGCAGGAAACCUUUUCCUUGGAGCUCCUCAAAACGGCCUUUGUGAACAGCUGCUACAUUCAAAGCGAGGAAGCCCGGCGCCAGGAGCUGGGCGUGGACAAGGCCGCGGCCGCCCUGAAUCUCCAGGACAACCGGGAGCUGGCCGAGCAGGGCGCCGCCUUCUCGCAGACUUGCCUCUCCCAGAUGCUGGGGGAUGCCUACCCGUCCUUGCCCCCGGAAGGUGUCCAGAGCCUGGUGGCCUUCCUCACGGGAGAGGAGGUGGUGUGUCACGUGGCCAGGAACUUGGCCGUGGAGCAGCUCACGCUAAGCGCCGAGUUCCCCGUACCCCCGGUCGUGUUGCAGAGGACCUUCUUUGCCGUCAUUGGCGCACUGUUGCAGAGCAGUGGGCCUGAGCGGGCCACGCUUUUCAUCCGGGAUUUCUUGAUCACCCAGCUGACCGGGAAGGAGCUCUUUGAGGUCUGGAAGGUGACGAACCCCAUGGGCCUGCUGGGGGAGGAGCUGACACGCAGGAAGCUUCCGGCGCCCGAGUCCCGCCUCACCAGGCAGUCAGGGGGCACCACAGCUCUGCCGCUCUAUUUCGUCGGGCUCUACUGCGACAAGCAGCUGAUCGCAGAAGGUCCUGGAGAGACAGUGCUGGUGGCUGAAGAGGAGGCGGCCCGCGUGGCCCUGCGGAAACUCUAUGGCUUUACUGAGAACCGGCGGCCGUGGGACUAUUCCAGGCCCAAAGAGAAGCUCCCAGCAGAAAAGACCAUCGCGGCCAACUAGCCAGCCCGGGAUGCGGCCACCUGAAACAGGAGUGCAAAGCCGCCGGGCCAACGCCCUCAGCCUGGCCUGCCCCCGUUCGUCCGAGCGGGCUCCUGCAAAAAUGAACGCGUUCAUGGGGCCGUCGGGGUUUCUUCUGACUCUUUCUUACUUUUGUCAUUUUUCUAAGGAAUUUCCCCCAAAGUUCUUGAUUUUACUGUUGCAUCUAAUUUCCACAGAUAGGUAUGCGUUCGCCCCUCCUGGCUUGGAGGCUUAAUUUAAAUAUAUGUAUUUGGGUUUGGCUAUCAUACCAAUUAAAAAAAAGUUUCUUUCUCGAAAGAGCACAUU